AUGUGCACCAAAAGCUUAUCAUGUAUUCUGUGCGGUCAGCCAAAUUUUCCUAGCAUCGAUGCGCUUCGUGUUAGUCUGCUAAAAGUGACGGCACGACCCUUAAAGUGUCCGAUAUGUGGUGACGAGCUGCUUGGUUUAGACAAGCUCACAAUCCACCUGUUUGGGCAUUCAUUGCUCGAAGACCAACAAAGUGAAUUUUUAGCAUCGACUCAGACGUCGAUGAGCGAACUCCUUUCAGAUACCAGCUUGGAUGUAAAUUCUUUCAAAAGUUUGCGUAAAGCUAGGAAAAAAUCUUCAAUCGAAACGGAUAUGAAACAUCAAAAUGGUAGUGUCUCACACUCUGGCAAAACGUCUCCAACAAUUGGAAAUAGUCAGUGUUGCUCCAACGCAAAUCACUGUUUCGAAUGUAACGUCACAUUUCGUAACUCUGCAUUGCUCAAGAUGCACCGGGAGGUGUUCCACGAUGCUAGUAACAGUACUCAUACAAGAGUAUCACCAUCAAGGGUUAACGCCUCCGAUAAACCAUUUCACUGUCACAUUUGUCCAAAGGAAUUCAAAAUGAAAGGAUCACUGAAGAUUCACAUGCGGGUCGUGCACGAAGGUGGUCCCAAAAAAAUUUGCUUAGAGAACGUAAGCCCUCAUGCCGUUGAAGCUGAUGCAACUGCAAUUGCCUCUGUGGCAACUGACGAGAUAGCGCCAGACAACCGUACAAAUGAUGUAGAAAACCUUUCUCCGUUAGUUUCUUUGCAAACGAUUGGCCAGCAGCAAAGCAUUGCCGUGUUUCGACCAGAAUUGCCCCCGUCUAGUAAUGUGGAGUCUACUCAACUUCCUACGGAAGCACACAUCAUUCAAAUAAUCGAUCCUAGACAGCUGGCACAAGUGGUUUAUCUCCCGCCAAAUAUUGGAUCACAGCCUACAGCUGCCAUCCAAGGUAGCGCCAAUAAGCCCGGAGAACAGCAAACUAAGGAAACCUUUUUGCUUCCUUCUUCGCCUCCACAACCCCAGCAGGUCCACGACAAUAUAAAACAAUGGGAGUGUGACGUGUGCCGAAAAUCUUUCACGACGAAAUAUUUUCUCAAAAAACACAACCGCCUUCAUACAGGUGAAAUGCCUUACACGUGCGGAAUCUGUAACAAAUCAUUUACAUUUCAACAGUCCUACCACAAACACCUUCUUUAUCACAGUGACGAAAAACCACACGUGUGUUCUGUGUGUAGCCGUGCGUUCAAAGAACUAUCAACGCUGCACAAUCAUCAACGGAUACAUUCCGGUGAAAAGCCGUUUGCCUGCGAAACAUGUGGAAAGUGUUUUCGACAGCGUGUUUCUUAUUUAGUCCAUCGUAGAAUACACACUGGUCUGAUGCCGUACAGGUGUUCUGGAUGCGAUAAAAGCUUUCGCUAUAAGGUUUCCCAGCGGACACAUAAGUGUCCAGCAAGUCCACCAGGAACGGUCGUGCGCAAAACGGGUGACUUGCUACAAAAAUUAUUGCAAUCUUCUUCCAUUCUCGAGGAAGGCUCUUUAUCAACGCAACCACAGCAGGAGUCACUGUAUCUCGAUAAUGCUCUUAGUCAAAAUGUCGCGGAGUCGACUGUCGACAAACAAACGGCUGAUUACGUUAAUCGUACUCUAGACGAACUGGUCAAGGGGACAUACGACAAGCUCGACAUCGGAAACAGUUCGUCGUCGUCCUUACUGUAUGAUCUACAACCGCAGACCCAGCAACUCUACAAUGAUGCGGAGAUGCUACAACAACCACAACCGCAUACAUCCUCGGUUUCGCCAAGUUUUCCUCGAAUAGAAAGUUUGUGUCUAUUAUCACCCAGUGCUUUCGAUAACGGUCAGUUAGAGGAACUCACAGGCCUAAAAUUAGAUAACGAAUGGUAAAUGCGGCCAACCAACUGAUAGGUGCCUAUCGCUCAUGACAAUUUAUAUGAUGUAUUAUCGAUACAGUAAUUUAUCUCCCUUCGAAGGUAAU